AUGACUGACAGAAAAAUGAAUCUACCAGAAAAAUCAAAAAUAAAACGUAAUCAUUGGAUGAAUAAAAUAAAACGUAACAACAUUGACAAUGAAAUUAAAAAUAAAUUAAUUGAAGAGUUGAAUAGAAAACUACGAGCAAUUGAAGCUGAUGAAAAAAUGUCUAUUGAUAGUUUGGAUAACUCUGAUUUACCUUUGAGUCAUCCUGUUGAUAAGCUUGAUGAAAAAAUUCGUAUAAUGUAUUCAUUGAAGAAAAAAAAUGAUCAUAAAUUAUCUACUAAAAGUAUAACACACCAGAAAAAAGUGUUAAAUAAUGCAACACUUGAUGAAAAAUUUUCUAAAAAAAGAGAAGAAAAAAGUUCAAGUUUAAUUUGUGAUAUGGAUAAUGCUGUGUUGAGUUUAAAAAAAUUAUUAUAUCAUAAACGUGAUUUGCUUGAUAAAAUAUCAACUUAUUCAUGUGAUAAAUUUAUUCCAACUGAUGAUGAAAUAAUUUUAUCAUCAUCUGGUGUAUUGGGUGAUGUAUUUCCACGUUCACGUCGUGAAUUGGCUGAAGCAAAAGGUUUAAAGUACAUAAAAUCAACAGAGCUUGAGGAUGUUCUUCGUCUAGAAGACAUGAAAAAUCACGAACAUGAAGUACUGUCAUUUCCUGGAUCAGAUUUACACAUACCAUGCAGUCACGAGGGUGAAGAGAUCAAUUGGUUGAUGAGUUUAAGUCGACCAAAUUACACCUGGAGUCGUAUUGAUGGUCAACCAAUAUCUGGAACAAUUAGGAAAAAUGGAAAUUUGGAAUUAUACGAUGUUGAUACAAAAGACACAGGAAAUUAUUCAUGUACAUUGUCAUACAUUGAUCCAGAUAAUGAAGAUGCUAUUAAAAAUAAUUAUUUACAUAAAAUUGAAAUAGUUACAUUACCAAGAUAUUUAUUACGUGGUGGUAAUCGUUAUAAACUUGAUGAUUGUGAUGAUAUACAACUUGAUGCAUUGUCAACAUACUUGCCAAAUAAACUCAAUGAAAUAUUAUGUCAAAAUAAUAUUUGUGAUGCAUUUAUAUUUGCACCAGAAUGUUUACAUCAAGAGGUAUCAAUAAAAAUGAUGAUUGUUCCAUCAAGUAUGUCAACAUUUUUUCCAAUUGGUACAUCACAAUGUGGCAUUCGUUGUCGUAAAGCUGUACAAGAUAAAAUAUCUCUAUUAUUAAGUAGAAAUUUACGUGAAAUAUUAAAAAAAACAAUUGCUUUUAGAUUGCCACAUCAUCGAGAAAAUAGAUUGGUACCAGUUGAUAAUAGUUAUAAAAGAAUUUGGGCUGAUGGAAGAAAUGAUAGAAGUAUACGUGGUGAUGCUGAUGGUGAUGUUGGCUUGUUGGUUGGUUGUCCAGCUGGAUAUGGUCUUCACAAUACUCACUGCUCACCUUGUUCAACUGGUUUUCAUAGCCAAGAUUUAUCAUCAAGAUGUAAAAGAUGUGAUUUUGGCACGUAUCAGUUGGCUAUUGGUGCAAGAAUUUGUCACGUUUGUACUAAUCCUUUUGUAGAAGGCUGCUAUGAAACAAUCUGGACUUGGUCACCACUUAUUAUUUUCAUUGUAAUUAUAACGAUAAUUGUCAUUGGCUUGAUUAUUCUUCGAAGAAAAUGUUGUAAAAAAAAACAAGCAGACAAAAUGUCACCAGAAAAUUCAAAUGAAGAUGAAACAACAUCUCCAUUAAUUCCUCAAAUGGAAAUUGAAGAAAAUCCAUCUGAUGAUGAUGAAAUUAUUUGGAAACAGCCAAAGAAAAAAAAGAAAAAAACAAAUAAAAAUCCUAUGCAGCCAUAUGUUUAUGGAAUUGAUAUGAUUCCAAAAAGAAAAUGUGAAAAAAUGAUUCCAAUUUGUUGCAUUGAUUCAUAUCGUUCACAUGGUGAACAUUGCAAAGAGUGCAGUCAUUCACAACACAAGGAAUAUCCUAAACAACAUUCUUCAAAAAAAAAAAGUUCAAGGCCACCAGUGCCAUUCCCAGAUUUUGACAGAUAAAAAAACAAAAAAUUUUUUUAAAUAGUUGAAGAUUAUUCAGAGUCGUCUACAAUUAACAAUAUUAUUAUUUAUUUUUUUUCCUAGUUUUUCUUUAUCUAGUAAAGAUAAUAGUUGUAAGAUUUAAUUAACUUAAUUAUUUAUAAUUUACAUUAAAACCUGUACAGUCAGGCUUAUGAUUUGAUUAAUAAAAAAAAAAAAAAUAAUUUAAUUUUA